GCUGAUACCGCUUCCACCCACACAGAGCUUAAAACACACACAGCUAUUACUCAUUUCAGAAACCCCCCAACUCUGAGCUUUCGUCUUUCCUCACGCUGAACUCCAGUCUCACACACAACUGGACCGCAUGAACUCUCUCCUCUGUUUGCAUGUGUGUGUUAGUGUGUGUGAGAGACUUUCACCGACUUCACAUCAGCAUGGUUCAUGUCACAACAGCAGAGUGAGUGCGACCCUAUAUAUCACUGAUGUGUCUGCCCCUGUGCACAAUCUGUGGCUUCAGGUGCUGUAUCCUCUUCCUGUUGGGGGGGAGAUGGGGGAGGUAAGGUACCCAUGAAGCUCAAGCUGACACCAGUUUAAAGAUCGGGAAGCCUGUCUGCUGUGCAAGAAGAUAGACGGAUCUGUUCAAUUAAAACAUUUUUUAAACAAAGAUGCAACCUGACCUGUGAUCUGUAGCCACAUUUGUGCAGUGUGUGUGUGUGUGUGUGUGUGUGUGUGUGUCUUUCCUUAUGUGUGAGAGUGUGAGCUACUUCAUGGCUGCAGCCCAAGAGUAUCCUGUCAACAGGAACUCCUGGAUUUGAUAUGCACCCGCUCCUGACCACAGAAGGAAACUGAUUUGUUUGCAGUGUGUGUGUUCGCUGGUUUUAUCUCUGCUCUCACCCACAGAUGUGUUCAGAGGCUCCAAAAAUGUACCCACAACCAAAAAGAGGAACUUUUCCCUACUAUUUUAUUCUAAAAGUCCUGUUUGGAUAUGUUACAGAGAGUGUAAUAAAAAUGUAUUAAAGGUUGAUUUCAUGUGCUUAUUAUUGGGGAGGAAAUGGUUUAAGAAAAACUGAGAUUUUGACACCUCAUUCUGCAGGUUUAGGAGUUCAGUAGAAGUCCGAAAACACUUCUCAAGCAGAGCAGUUGAUUGUUUUCUGUGCCUGACUUUACAGCAGAACAGGUUGGAUAAGUUUGCCUAGUGAUGGUUUCCUUGUUGACGGGGAAAUAUGAAGUUGCUAAAUCCUUCAGUGUCAUCACACCAACAUGAAGACAAGGUGAAACUAUUAAAAACAAAAGAAAGGGAAAAAAACAGGGGCUGCACCUUGGCGUCAUGAGAGUUGAAGCCUUUUAAACCUGAAGAGGCUACCAUAAGCUGCACAGUGUCUAAUUUGCACCGUUUUACCUUUAUUCGCAGAAAGCAUGCACAGUGUGUCAGUGGAAAGUGUUGUUUUGUUGUGAGGCCGGUUUAAGUAGUUAGCAGUGUUGAAAUGCUGCUCUCUCUCUCUUUUUCACGGGGCUCAACUUGCAAUCAAGGAGGAGCCGAGAGUCCUCCGGGGCUUCUUCUGGAACCUGCUCCUCAAAUAUAAAGCGCUCCCCCCAUCCAGCAGGAAACACUGAAUCAUAACACUCAGGCAGGAGCCGCUGUGCGCUCACAUCUGUGCUGUGUCCUAAACCCGAGCUGACACCUGAGCCAUCAGAGUGUGAAACACCGCGGGAUUUUCAUUCAAAAACAGUUUAUUUGCUGUUUUUUCCAGCUUUUAAUCAUCAGACAGCUUCAUAGAGACUGAGCGUGUGGCGCAUUAAAGUUUGGAGAGGAGAGCGCGCGCACAUGGCAGCCCUCAUCAGCGCGUACUCGUCCUGGCCCGAGUCCUUCGAGUGUCCUCCAGGAGAUGGGGACGUGUCUGAUGGACAUGGGCCGCACAGGAGCGCCGCGGACAAGGCUCCGGAGCCGCGGAUCAGACGGCCCAUGAACGCGUUCAUGGUGUGGGCCAAAGAUGAGCGCAAACGGCUGGCGGUGCAAAACCCGGACCUACACAACGCCGAGCUCAGCAAGAUGUUGGGUGAGAUGAAAAAAAGUUUCUCAAAGUUAUAAGUUGUAUUUGUUACCAUACACUAUAUUAUUACCAUUAAUUCUACCUCUCGCUUAAUUUAUCCUAAAUAGCUAUAAACUUUUACCAUGCAUGUGCGCAUUUAAAACUCCCAUCAGGCCUCGGUAUUUACACUUUGUCUCUAUAAUAAAGAAAAAAAAGAGUAUAUUAAAUGAAAUCCUGCAAACGAAAAAUAUAAUAAUUAAAACCAUGAGAAAAUGAAAGGAAUGAAACGUUUUUACCGCCGCUGUUUCAAAGCUAAUUAAUUAAUUAAUUCGGUAACUUCAAAAACAAUCAAAUUGCGCCGACAUACUCGGCUGAAUUUUGCAGUAAAAAUGAGUUCAAAUACGAAAUUCGUUUCAUUUAUGGAAACCGAAAAGAAGAAAAAAUGUUUUGUUUUCGUUUGAUUUGGGCUUCUUGGAUUAGUGUCUAUUGUUAAACCCCCAAAUCUGGCACUGUUGCCGUUCCGUUUUAAUGCCAAUUCAAGAAGAGCAGUUUCCCAAUGAAAACGUGUUCUUUACAAAGUAAAAUUGAAAAUUGUGAGUCUUAAAAAAGAGACUUCACAAAAUAAAAGCAUGACAUGGUAAAAAAGUAAACCAAAGUGGAGGCUGAAUGUUAAACACAAGGUGAAAGUUUGGUCAUCUGUUUUUUUCUUUUGUUAAAAACCAAAGAGGUAAAUUACCAAGUAAAUUAUAAACCAUUAAAAGCAAAGAAAAACCUUCUUUAUUUUUUUAUUUUUUGGGCUCUUAUUCACAACUUUUUAUUUUUACUUUUGUUGAGUUUUUGGCAAUUUUAAAAUUACACUAAUGGUAUAAAUUUAAAACCGUGUCAUUUGGAAACAGAGAUUGAAGGCCUUGAAAGUAAUGAUGAAAUUCAGAGUAUUUCCAUGAGUAUUUUACAAGUUGAAGAAAUUUAAAAAGUGUGUGAAAAAAAAAGUUAUUUUUUUGUAGUAAUCACAUCAAAUAGAAAAUGUUGUAAAAGAAAACAGUGGACAUUUCUUAAGGAUUUCUUUAAAACUUUUCUGCUUCUCUUGCAGGAAAGUCAUGGAAGGCCCUAACCCCCCCUCAGAAGCGGCCCUAUGUAGAGGAAGCGGAGCGGCUCCGGGUCCAGCACAUGCAGGACUACCCCAACUACAAGUAUCGUCCACGCCGGAAGAAGCAGCUGAAACGCAUCUGCAAGCGAGUGGACCCCGGUUUCCUGCUGAGCGGCCUGGCCCCUGAUCAGAACGCCCUGCCCGAGCAGAGAGCCCUCUGCCACCCCCUUGACAAAGACGAAAGCGGCCCCAACGGUGUCAGUGGCAGGUUUUCCAGCCCCAGCCCAGCUCUGCCCAGCGUGAGGAGCUUCAGAGACCCAUCUGGAUCCAACAGCAGCUUUGACACGUACCCCUACGGCCUCCCCACACCCCCUGAGAUGUCCCCUUUAGAUGCCAUGGACCACGAGCACGUCCCCCCCUCUUAUUACUCUAGUAGCUCCUCCGUCUCCUGCUCUUCCUCGGCCUGUCCAGAUGAACACCAUCAAAAUCAGACCCACAUGGGCAGCCCUCCCCCGUACCACACUGACUACACCCAGACCCAGAUCCACUGUGGAGGCUCACACAUAGCUCACAUACCCCAUAUGUCUCAAAACCCCUCUGGUGCUGGACUCAUCCCUGGUCCUCCUCCUCCUCUGUCCUACUACAGCACCUCCUCUUUUCCCCAGAUCCACCACGGGCUGCACCAGGGCCACCUGGGUCAGCUUUCCCCCCCACCAGAGACGCAGGGUCACCUGGAGACUCUAGACCAGCUGAGUCAGGCUGAGCUCCUUGGUGAGGUGGACCGCAAUGAGUUUGACCAGUACCUGAACUCGACUGGAAGUGGGUUCCACCCUGAGCAGGGUGGCGGCAUGACUGUAACGGGACACAUCCAGGUAGCGUCUGCCGCUAACACUUCUAAUACCGCCUGUCCUAGUAGCAGCAGCACCUCAGAAACCAGCCUCAUUUCGGUGCUGGCGGACGCUACGGCAGCCUACUACAAUAACUACGGCAUCUCGUAAGCUAGGCCACUGCGCCCACUAGGCUCGGGACUCAUCUUAGACAAGACAGGGUUCGAAAUGGGUGAUUUCAGAUUAUGCUGAAUUUGGGCGCAUUUGGGAGUUGAGAAAAACACAACAUGGCCCCCAUCUUACACAACAACCGGCAUUUUGUAAGCUAAGACAGAGCACCCAUUACACUUGGAGCCUAAAGAUAUUGCAGGGUGAGAAAAUGUUGGAUCUUCUUGCAUAUGGGUGCAAGUAGGAAGAGAUUUUUAUCCCUCAUUUGUAAUUUUCUGGCUCAAGUUAGCGACUGAGCGACCUCAUCCCUGGACUGAUUAAUAAGCAAUAUGUGGCGCUGAGGAAUGAACGAAGAAAAAUACGGGAGGAAUCUUAAAAAAAGGGAGACGGACAACUCAGGGAUGCAGAUGAAAAAGAAGUCGCCUCUAGUUGUCAAAAGUUUUCUAAACCAGGAGAACAAUCGUAAAAAGACUUGUAAAUGUUGCUGUUGUAAAUGUACAGACGCUCUCUAGAAGCUAAUUUAAGUCCUUUGAUGUUUCGCCAAAAUGCUAACUGUGCUAAUGCUAUUCUCCACGCUCUCCAUCCGAAUGUUUGUUCUCUAUGUCCUCGCUCUCAUUAGUUUGGGAGUCUUACCUCAGUAGUUGUAAUUGAAUGAGGUUUUAGUCAGACAUUUCUUAUGCAAUUUAACAAAAACGGUGUAUAAUAGAGAAAAAAAAUGACGUUUAUACUUCCUCUCAAGUACAUAAUAAUAUAUAACUGUAACCUCUGAGAUGAAAAUAAUAAUGGUAACUAUAACUGUAUGCUGAUUUAGGUUUGUGAAAGACAAUAAUUUAAAAUAAAGUUCAAUUUUUGUAUGAAUAAAGUCGCCUGUGGACAACAUA